UUUUCGUUUAGUAUGUUAAGGAGUUUAACUUUUACUAACACAUUUAUUUUGAAUCAAUUAAUUUUUCAGACGUGGAGGCUUUAGCUAUGAAAUGUGGAUUGGAGAUCACUCGUGGCAGAAAAGGCAAACUGAAAUUAUUUUUCGCCGGUUAUGAGUACUUGCGAAAUUUUUGCAAAGGUCCAAAAACGUAUUGGCUUUGUGCAAGGAAUCGUGAAAUUCGUUGCCAUGCGCGUGUCAUCACCUCUUCACGGACUGGUGAAUUGGUUAUAAGAAAUCCAAAUCACAAUCACACACCGCCAGAGCAGCCAAAACAACAAUGCCCAAAUCAAAAUCACACGCCGCUAAACAAACCGAAGCAGCCAAAACAGCAAUGCCUAAAGGAAGAUAGUUUUAUUUGGAGUUUAAAUUACGGAAAUGAGAAAGAAUAAAAAUGAUGAAAAAUUAA